UAAAAAUAUAUAAAGCAUGAUUGGUACGAGGGUCUUUGAAGCGGUCUCAACCAUUGACCAAUCACAAAACAAGGGGAGAUAUCCGUCCAAUCACGCUUUAUCUAUCCGACAUCACUUCCGGUUUAGGUCCACGCUCUAUCUCUGCAUUUCUUAUCCAGCCUGUGGUCUCUUCUUACUCAAAUUAUACACGUUUUGUUGCAGUUUAAGAAUAUAGUAUCCCAUGGCCAAGGACAAAUCCUUGACAAACCCGCCUAAAAGGAAGAAGUUGAGUUCAAAUGUCAGCGAGGAAGAAGUGAUGGACACUAACAUAAAAAAGAAAAGGAAAAAGAUGAAAGUAGAGGAGGCUCCAGUACAGAUUCCUCAUGUGACAAUCACAGCAGAUGAUAAAAAACAGAAAAAGAAAAAGAAACAAAUGACAGAGCAAACACAGAAGACAAAGCAAAGUGAGAUUUCCAAUCCACGCCAUCGCCCCGAGGGGACACACGAGCUGGAGGGAGAGGAGGACUUAAGUCCCGAAGAGAAGCGAGUCCUGGAGAGGAAGAUGAAGAAGAUCCUAAAAAAGGAAGAGAAGAAGAGGCUUAAAGCUGAGGGAGAGACCUUACCGAAAACUGAGGCAUCUGAAUCCAUUGCACCUCAGCAGGCCUUAGAUUACCUCACCUGCUGGGCGGAGAACCGCGCGGAAUGGAAGUUCCAGAAGACCAGGCAGACGUGGUUACUGCAGCACAUGUUUAACUCCCAACAGAUUCCAGAUGAGAAGUUCUCCAUGCUGCUUCAGUACCUGGAGGGGCUCCGUGGAGGAGCCAGAGACAUCACAGUGCAGAAGGCCUUAGUGCAGGUCGAGGUGUCAGGACAAUCACCAGAGGACACGGAUGUCCAGCAGAGGGCGCACAGAGCCAGAGAAGUUAUCCAGCUGCUCUCCUGAACCCACCACCAUCAACCCAAAUGAAGCCCACUCGGAAAAAGACUGAGACAUGUUUGUUGGUCAGUGGACUGAAUCUCCACCGUGGUCCCCAGCCAGGUUCAAAACAUGCUUAGUAUGUAGUUUUUUGGACUGGUCCUUAAGGGGAAAGGAUUGGGUUUUGAUUAAAUUGCCAGUAUUGCUCACAUUUUUUUAUAUUUAAAUUUGGCUAGGUUACGUUUUUAAAUUUUUUCUUGAGAUUACUUGUGUGCAUCAUUGCCUGCUAGUAAUAAGUUACCAAAAUAAUUUCCUAAAGUAUGAAAUCUUACAAGUUCA